AUGGGGCACUCAGAUGGCAAAGGAAAGUACCAAAGAGUGACGAAGCAGAAGGGCCGGAGGCAAAAGCCCCCCAACACCACUCUGAAACGCGCUCUCAGCUUCCUCCUGCCUCGCUUCUGCAUCACGUUCCUUUGGAGUCAGCCGGACGAAUUCUGGGCUGCCAAGUUUUUCCUGGGGGCUGGAAUCGGGAGCUUGUAUGCUCUGGGCCUUUCCAGGAUGCUGAUUCUCCCCAUGUCCAUCUCCGAAGAGCACAAGAUCGACCUGAUGUGUGGCAUGGCUGGUGUGGCUGCCCUGGGCUGGGGCACGUCCCCACACUUCCGCUGUGCCAGCCUCUUGGUGAUACCCAAAUUCCUGGGGAAAGAAGGACGGAUUUACAUCCUCACCUAUGUCUUGGCAAGGGUCUUUGAUGGCCCGGUGGCAAAUACCCGGCAAAACCUGGGCGAAGUGGUGCGUUCCAUCAGCUGCACCGUGGAGAUGCAGAUCGACAAUGCCAAGCGUGCCUGGAAGGUGUCGCUGUCCCCUCUACGCAAGAUUCUCAAGGACAUGGUGAGGAGUGGCAAGACCCUGAGGUCCGAAACUAGGGACGUCGGACGUUCCUUCUCGGAGCUGAACGAGCAAGUGGCUAGCGAGGCAGGCCUUGGGGGUCGCUCGGUGAGGUCGGCGGUGCACAAAGCCAACCCUUCCACACAGGAGAUCUACGAGGCCAAGACCCGGAUGCGCUGCACCCACAUUAUAGACGAAGCCAUCAAGCGCUGCCAGAGCUGGUUUGCAAUGAAGCAUGCAUCUUGCAUGCGGACAAUUGCCGUGCCCUUCAUCAACCACCUGCUUUGCAUCCCUAUGAAGUUCAGCUUCCUCUGCCACUUUGCCAAGCUUAUGCACACUUGGUGCCGUGACAAGAUUCCCGUGGAAGGGAACUUUGGCCAAACCUACGACCGGGUGAACGAUUCCGUGGACAGUUUGAACCAGGACUUCACAGCCAGUUUAGCGGUCAAGGAAGAACACCAGACCAUGCUGGUUGGUGCCAACCUCUCCCACAGACACCUGGUGGAUGAAGUCAACGAAGAGGUGGCCAAGCAGGGCGAGCGCCUGAGCACCUCCAUGUCUGUGCUUCGAGUCCUCCUCUCCUGCAUGUUCAUCAUCGUCUUUGCCUCGGCGUUCUCCUACACAAACAGCUACACGCAGGACAUCCGCUUUGACAAUAUUUACAUAUCCCGCUACUUCCGGCAGAUAGACGCCCGGCGUCGGAAGCAGAAGAAGCGGACGCUUCUGCCCUUGCGGCGUGCCGAGCAAAGUGGUCUCAUCGACCCCCUCCGCCUCGCUUUCCAGCCGCCCGAGACCAAAACUAUGAUGUCAGAAUUACUGGGCUGCUUGCCUGCAUCGCUCUUCGUGAUAACUGCCUGCGUCCUUGACUUCCUGCUGUACACCAUAUUCAGCACCAUCAGACACCACUCCUUUGUGGAGUAUUCUUUCCGCAGCAGCCACCACUUGGAAGUCAUAGUCGGAGGGAACACCAUGAUGGCCCGUCUCCUGCGCAGCACCAUCGGGGCGCUGAACACCUCCUCAGAGAUGGUGAUGGAGACAAACAACCUGCACUGCUUGCCGGAAGCGCAUAGAAUGAGCAAGGAGCAGUAUGUGAGCUGCGUCACCCCGCUGGGCGCCCUGAUCCUGCUGUGCAUUGCGCAAGUUUACGUCUUCCGCAUCCGCCGCGUCAUCGCUGCCUUCUUCUUCCCCAAGAGGGAGAAGAAGCGCAUUCUCUUCCUCUACAACGAGAUGCUCCGGCAGAGGAUGGCUUUCAUCAUCGUGCAGCGGAAGCGCAUCAUCCUGCGCGUGCGGCAGCGCAAAAGACUGGAGAAGCCCUUCCUGGACAGGCUGGGCCGCUGGCUCCCGUUCCUCCAACGAUUUCUCCGCAAGCGCUGCAUCCUCUGCGGCCUGCCCCAAUCCAGCAACUCCAAAUUGUGCCCAGACCCGGAGUGCGGGACCCUCUACUGCCGGAUGUGCUGGCAGGACAUGGGGCGGGUCUGCUUUGCCUGCAGCCCCGAGGAGCUCCUGUCCUCCGACGACAGCAGCGAGGACCAGACGGGCUACGCAGAUUGA